GGGUGUUGCUAGGCGACGCCGUGGCGGCGGCGGGCCCGGGGGUGACCGGGCCGCGACGGGAGCGGAGCGGGGCGAGGUUAAUCCCGCCCGGGGGGCUUCGACCAGCUCAGCGGCCCCCUCCCUGAAUGCCUGCGAUGGAGAAGUAUCACGUCCUGGAAAUGAUCGGCGAAGGCUCUUUUGGGCGCGUGUACAAGGGGCGCCGGAAACACAGUGCCCAGGUGGUGGCAUUGAAGUUCAUACCCAAGGUGGGGCGGUCUGAGAAGGAGCUGAAGAACCUGCAGCGGGAAAUUGAGAUCAUGAGAGGCCUCCAUCACCCCAACAUCAUCCAGAUGCUCGACAGCUUUGAGACCAACAAGGAGGUGGUGGUGGUGACUGACUAUGCAGAGGGGGAGCUCUUCCAGAUCCUGGAGGAUGAUGGGAGUUUGCCUGAGGACCAGGUCCAGAACAUAGCUGCCCAACUGGUCUCUGCUCUCUAUUACCUGCACUCCCACCGCAUCCUGCACCGUGACAUGAAACCCCAGAACAUCCUGCUGGGCAAAGAUGGCAUCAUCAAGCUCUGUGACUUCGGAUUUGCCCGUGCCAUGAGCAUCCACACCAUGGUGCUGACUUCCAUCAAGGGCACCCCACUGUACAUGUCCCCUGAGCUGGUGGAGGAGCGGCCGUAUGACCACACGGCGGACCUGUGGUCUGUGGGCUGCAUCCUGUACGAGCUCUUCGUGGGCACUCCUCCCUUCUACACCAGCAGCAUCUUCCAGCUUGUCAGCCUCAUUGUCAAGGACCCCGUCAAAUGGCCCACGGCCAUAAGCCCAGUCUUCAAGAGCUUCCUGCAGGGACUACUAAUGAAGGACCCUCGCCAGCGCCUGUCAUGGCCGGAGCUGCUCUCUCACCCCUUCAUUGCUGGACGGGUUACUGUGAUUGAUGACACAGAAGAACACGGGAUCUCAAACCCCUUCACCACCAAGCUGUCCCCAGAGCUGCAGGCCCUGAAGGAGCAGCAAGCCCAUUCCAUGGCCCCCAGGAGCGGCCAGUCCAGGAUCCUGAGAAAGGCACGGCAGAAGAUGGUUGAGAAGGCACAGAAAAAGGGGCAACUGAAGACAGGUGAUGCACCUACGAAGGACUCUGGCAAAGGAUGCCCAGGGCAUAGACCCAGAGCAGCUCCAGGGAAGGCAGCCCUUGGGGAGGGGGACCCACUGGCUGCCUCCAACGAGAAGAACCUCAGUGUCCUGCAAGGAAGGAGCAGCAUGGCAGAGUGGGAGUUGGAGGGGCCUCCUCCCAACCCACGGGAGCACAGCAUCACUCAAGACUAUGAGCGUGAGUUUGCCAGAGCAGGUGCCCCUCUGCAGCCUGGUGCUGGCAGGGCAGAGCCCCAGGACAGGCGCAGCAUUGAGACCGUGGACCUGGAGAGUGAGGAGCUGGAGAGCGAUGAGGAGUGGCAGCACCUGAUCGAGGCCACUGAGCCCUCAGCCAUGCAGCUGAGCACGCCACUGAGCCUCCUGAGGGAUCCAGCCUUCCAGCACCGUGUCCAGGCCCGCCUGGCAGACUCUGCUCAGCAGGUGCUGGAAGGGAUGCUGGAGGGAGCCUCCCGUCUCCGUCCUGUGCUCUGUGUUGUGAGCAACCUCCUGGCUACCCGUUGUGACUCUGAGUUGCUGGACCAUUUCUGCCGAGAGCUGAAUGUGCCUCUGUCCCUGCUGUGUCUAGCCAAACAGAUUCUGGAGAGUGGUAGCACCAAGCAGCAGCCCUGGUGUAUCACAGUGCUGACAGACCUCCUCAUGGUGACCACAGUUUAUUUCAGCAGUGAAUGCAUCCUGGAGGAGAGUGGGCAAAAGGACAGCCUGCAGACCUUCCAGGAGAGUGCCAGCUGCUUCCUAGCCCUGCUGCUGGAGCUGCUGGCUGAGCCAGCCGACAGCGAGAUGAGACUCUGCCAGCAAAGCCUCCUGUGCUUCACCCUGCUCUGCAAGAGCCUGGAUGCGACAUACCCCUUUGUCUCUGCCCCCUUCUAUACCAGCCUGCGAGAGGAGCAUCAACCCCUGCUGAACAGACUCCUUCAGGGAUCCAUCUCAGAGCAGCCUGCUCUGCAAGGUGCAGCAAUGGAGGCCAAGUCGGCCCAUGACCAGAGCCCACAUGUGGCAGACUUCUUCACGGCUGCAUUGGCUGCUGCCUGCAGCAUCCCCCUGGAGAGGAACAGCUGUCAAGAAGCCAAGCAGCAGGUCGCUCAGGAGGUAGCUGAAAAGCUUAUGGAGGGAGAGAGCCAGCAGCUCGGGAGACUGCUGGGGAGACUGGACCACCCAAGCUGCUCCUUGAACGUGCUGAAGAUCCUCUAUGCUGGCUGCCAUGCCAGCCCCAGCCUGUGCCAGCACCUGGGAAGGAGCCAGCGACUGUGGGGUUCCCUCAUGCAGCUCUUGAAGGGUGAGAUCCCCAUGACAGAGGUGGCCCAGGGGGCAGCCUGUGAGGCCUCUCUGUACCUGCUGGCCCUGCUCACCCUGCAGCUUCAGGCCUUCCCUCCCAGGCCUGAGGAGGUGGUUACCCUGGCUGUGGAUCUCAUCACCCACUCUCCUGUCGUCUCCCUUGUGGGUGCUGCAGCAUUCCUCCUGACACAGCUCAGUCAGCACGGGGUGGCCUUGGAGCUUGGGGGAGAAGAGAUCCUACUGGUGGUGACAAACGUGCUGACAGCACCUGCUGAGCUGCAGCUCCCCCCGCCAAUGGGUGCUGGUCUCUAUGAUGGCAUCUUUUUCCUCCUGCUGAAGCUCCUUGCCCAGGAGGAUAUGGCUGUGGAGCAGGGCUUUGCCACCUCACAGCUGUGGAGUGUGGUGUGGCAUUGCAUUGCUGUGGUGCUUCGUGUGGGCAGUGACAAGGCAGCGCUGGAGGGAGACCCCCAAGGGGAAGGUCACCCCACAGCAGAACCAGACUGGAACCUCCUCUCCCCUCAAGGCACCCUGCUCUUCCUCAGCCUGGCCCUCUUCGUCUUCACUCGCGAGUCCCACUGGUGCCUGCCUCAGCUCACCCAGUCCCAUGGUGUCCUCCUGGUGACACUGAGGAGGCUGCUGUCCCCUGGCUUCCUGGCAUGCCUGGCACAGACGCAAGCAGGAGAGGCUGGGGACCCUGAGCUUGUCCCAGCUGUGGUGAUCCAGGCCUGCCAGCUCCUCUGUUUCCCUUUUGCCCUGGAUGUGGAUGGAGACACCUUAGCAUUGGUCAUGGAGGCUGUGAGAGACAGCCAGAUCCCUGCCCAGCUACUGCAGGUCUGCUCUUGCCACCUGCCCUUCUCGUACACCGAGCUCCCCAUGAGUCUCUUGUGCCACCUUGUUGUGUCUGACAAGCAGGUCAUAGACCAAAUGGUGAGGGAAGCUGCCGCCUCAGAGGACGUUAUUGCCUUCUUGACGUCCGCCUUGUUUUCAGACAGCCUCACGCUCACAACUGACCUCCUGUCUCUCUUAACCCACGUGGCUCGGGCCUGUCCGGAGCACCUGCCCUUUCUCCAAAGGAUCCUGAGUGGCUCAGAUGUGGCUGACCAGCCACUGACCCGCCUGCUCGGCCACCAGCAACCCCCGAUACGUGCCAAAACCUGCAACCUGCUGGGCAACCUGCUCCGACACAGCCACAGCUUUCCCCAGGCGCUGCAGAGCCAGCCCGGCUUGCUGGAGAGCCUGCUGGGGUGCCUGGCAGACCGGGAGGAGAGCGUGCGCAAGGCAGCCAGCUUCGCGGUGGGCAACGCCGCCUACCACCCAUCCUUCCCGGCUGGGACCCUGGGCAGGGCCGUGCCCAGGCUGAUGCGGCUGUUGAACGACGCGCAGGCCAGGACGCGCUGCAAUGCGGCCUUGGCCCUGGGAAACCUGGGCCGGUGCUGGGCGGAGCUGGGGGACCUGCUGAUCGAGAGCAGGGCCCCCCAUGUCCUGCUGGAGGUGGCCUGCCGGGACCCCCGGGAGACCGUGCGGGAGGGAGCCCUCGUCGCGCUGCGGGCCCUCAGCCAGCACCCCGGGAUACAGCAGGUCCUGCUGUCCCUCAGAGCCACUGAGAAGCUGGCCACGCUGGCCAGUGGCGACUUGCAGCCCGCUGCUGGUGGCGGCCCCCGGCCAUCUUCCGCCCGGCACUGCGAGAAGCUCCUCCGUCUCCUCGCACCUCUGCGCAGCACCUGCGGGAGCCACACCGGGAGCGCUCCCGGCCCCGCAGAUCCCAGCAGGCCUGCCGCCCCGCACCAGCACUGAGGGCUGACGCCUGGGCUCAGCCUGAUGCUGCCUUCAGUAGGACGGGACAAAGGCUGUCUUCGUCCUCCUCCGCCUCCAGCCCCGACCUUCCGUGGAACCCAUUUUGUCCGCCCAAGCGGGACCCUGCCCGGCCGGCUUUAACCAGGGGCCCUCGCCAUUGGAAGCUGUUCCUGGAGAAGUGCCUAUAGACCUCAAGAAACCCCCUCUGUAUAAGUGGCCUCCCGUGCCGUGCCCGCCCACCGGCCCCGGGCUUUGCUCCUCCAUCCCGGGGCAGCCCCACGGCGGGCACCGGCGCCCAGGCUGCCUUCCCCGCCACGCCGCUAGGGGGCGCGGGGGCGCCGCGCGGCACGCCGGGAGGUGUAGUCCGCCGGCGCGCCUCGCGCGGUGGCUGCCGGGAGGUGUAGUCACGUGGCGGGGGUGCCGCCCCGGAUCCCUAUGGUAACGGCGGGCGGUGCGGCCGGCGGUGGCAGCGCGGGGAGCUGCGGGGCCCGGGGGCGCCGGGCGGGCGGUGAGUACGGGAGGGGCGGGCCCAAGUGUGCUUCCCCUUCAAGGAGCUGGGCCUUUUCACCCGUGGGAAGUGCGUGCCACCCCCAGGUACCCCCCCGCGGGGCGUGGGGCCCUUGGUGUCCCGUCCCGUCCCCCCCCCCCCCGCUGCCUCGCCAUCCCCGCCUCGCCGGGGUCCCCGGCCCUCCCUGCCCCACCGCCGUGCCCCCAGCACCCGCCCGGCCUGUGCUCAGGCCCCGAGGAGGCACCUUGCCCAACCCCAGGCCUCCCCGCGGGGGCUCGCCGUGGCCCUACCCUGUGUCCCCUUGGGGUGCGCCGGGCUGGGCCCCGUGGGGCUGGGGAGGCGUCACGGGGAUGCGCUGAGGUGGGAGAUGCUGGGGUCGGUGUCCUGGCCGGUGCUCCUGGGGCAGGAUGGAGCAUCUCUGUAGCGCUUUCGGCCUCAAAGACUUUCACCUGAAGAAAUGAGAAACAGAGCGUGUUCCCUGGGUGAGUGCCAGGGAGGAAGAAGAGCUGGCUCCCCAGUGAGCCAUGGUCCCAACAAGCCUCUCCAACGGCACUUGGAGCAGCAGUGAGGAUGGAGCUGGGGUUGACCAGACCUGCGUGGGGCACUGGGGCAGCCUGACUGUUAAUCCUUCCACUGGGGUCUUGGUUUGACUGCUCUGGUGUCGUAAAAAGGAGCUGAUGGGUCUGAAAGGUGAAUGGCAGAGCUGUGAAAAGAGUUGAGAUGAGCCUGGAGUAUUUCCUGAAUGCCUCCAGGAUCCGGGCUGGGAAGGAGGGGGGAAGCACUGUAGUGCAGUGCCAGCCUCCUGUCUCCUUGCCUGGCUGGGCUGCAGGUAUCUCGUGGGCAGCAGAGUCUGGCCCCACAGCUCCACAUGAAAGCCCUCCCUACAUGACUCCCUGCGAUGCAGCUUCUCUUUCUUGUUGCUGUGUGCUCCUCGCUGAAAGGGCACGUGAUGUCUAGUGGCUCCUAGGCAGUUUGGGGGAUUUAACAGUGAAUUGUUGGUCUGAUUACAGUUUUAUCUAAAAAUUUUUCCUUAACUCUUAGCAGUUGUACCCAGCAGAUAGUGGCACUUGUCUGUCCUUGUGUUGCUCUCUUGUUGCAGUCCUUAAGUUUUGUAUUAGGCAAACUUUGUUGAUGACAAAUUGGCCCCUCCUGCGCUUUGGUCAUGCCCAGGGCCCUUCUCAGCAUAGCAGGGAUCGCAUUGCGAGGAGGACGCUGACAGGGCCAAAUGCCACUGUCCCCAGAUAAUGAUGCCUGUGUGGAGAUGUCUGCCUGCGUGAAGAUGUCAUGUCACCUAUGCAGGUCAGGGGCUUUGGCUGCCAUACUGCCCUGGCUGGGUGCUGUUCCUUGCAUUUCUCAGGUUCCUCCUGUGCAGCAAGUCUAGGAGUAUUUGGCUUCUUCCCAACGUGAAUCUCUGUUUCUUCUCUACUCCCGAGCUCAGAGAGACUGCUGUAUGGAGUGAGGUGGUUGCAGUGCCUCCAGAGGAAUCUUUCCUACCCUGGCCAAGACGUGGAAGGGUGCUCAUCAUGUACUGAAGGCCAGACCUGGGAGCUUUUUCUUCCAGUUCCAGAUAUGUUUCAGAAAAAAGUAUCAAGAAAAGAGGACGGACAAAGAAUUGAUGUGUUUUGAACUAAUGGGGUUAUUCUUGUCUCCUUGCUACAUACUGAUAUUUUAUACUUGUUCCACUCGCCCUGACUCUUCCCCGUUUAUUUUUUUUCCUCUGCCAAAGGCUGAGGGUGUGGCCAGACUGCCUAAAACCAGACCGGGA